AGCUCAGGUUGGCAUCCUCGGCAUGUGUGGGAGAAAGACGGCGCGGUAGGUCGAUAUACCUGCUUUUUGUGAUUCCAAGAAACAGAAACUGUUAUUUCAGCGGCUGUUGUUGGACACAGCCACCGCAAUGCCACCAAGUACUGACGUCGUUAAGCGUAACGUAACAGCUGAAGAGCAGACGUUAGCUUGUUAGCGUACCUUAGCUGACAGCCAAACAGCCAGCGUCCACUGUCCACACUCCACUGCUAAAAAGACUGAACAAUCAUGACGCAGAAAGCCAAGCUGUGCUCUGUAAUUCUGGGAGUGGAGGGUAUGACCUGUGGCUCCUGUGUCCAGUCCAUAGAGCAGCGUAUCGGAUCUCUGCCGGGAGUUAUCCAUAUACAGGUGUCUUUGGAGCUUAAGAAUGCCACUGUCAUAUUUGACCACAGUCUGCAAAGCCCAGAGUCUCUGUCUGAGGCAGUCGAGGACAUGGGCUUUGACUCCAGUCUGUCAGAGUCUGGCACGGCAACACCAGUUCCUACUGACACACAGCUGGUCCCCACCUCAGGCCUGACACCCGCAGCUCAACAGGAGGCCCUGGCGAGGCUCUCCAAGGUCCAGGGAGUACUAGAUGUCAGGGAGAGCCAGGACCAGACAGGUCUCUCCAUCACCUUUGUCCCUUCCCUAACCUCUGCACUGCAGCUGAGAGAAGUGGUGGCCAGUGUGCUGCCUGUGGAGAUCCCAGCACCCAGCAGCCCCACACAGAAAGGUGUCACCACGGUCCCUUCUCAGAGCACAGGAGGAGGGGUGGAGCUGCUGAAGUUGUGCAUAGAGGGGAUGACCUGUCACUCAUGCACCACAACUAUUGAAGGGAAGAUUGGAAAACUCAAAGGGAUUGAAAAGAUCAAAGUUGCUUUAGAAUCUCAGGAAGCUACAAUAGUAUACCUACCUUACCUCAUCUCUGUCCAAACCAUCAUCGACCAGAUUGCUGUUGCUGGCUUCAAGGCUUCAGUCAAGUCCAAGCCCCGCCCUCUGCAGCUGCUUCCCAAUGAAAUUGAACGUUUUAUAGACUCUCAUAGGUCAGCAGUUCCGUCCCAGUCCAAAACAUCGGAAGACAAAGAAAUCUUCAUUGACUCAGUCCUUACCACGCUCAGGGUGACGGGCAUGCACUGCCGUUCCUGCGUGGUCAAUAUCCAGGGCAAUAUUUCCACAUUGCCUGGGGUCUCCUCUGUGGAGGUUUCCUUGGAGAAAGAGAAGGCCUCCAUCUGCCAUGACCCCCAGAAGAUCACGGUGCCUCAGCUGCAGCAGGCGAUCGAGGCACUGCCACCAGGGAACUUCAAAACCCAACUGUGGGACUCUUCCAGCACCUUUAGCCCUGCAUCCACAUUGCUCACCCCUGCUUUAUCAUCACCUCAGUCUGCAUUAGCAGGAGCAACACAAGCCCAACUCACUACACCCAAGCCUUGCUUUAGCCAGCCCCUGCUGUCUGUUGCUCACAUCCGCAUUGAAGGGAUGACUUGCAACUCCUGUGUCCAGUCCAUUGAGGGCAUGAUCUCCCAGAAGAAGGGUGUGGUGUCUGCCCAGGUCUCACUCGCUAAUCACCAGGGGGCAUUUGAGUACGAUCCCCUUUUGACUACUCCAGAAGAGCUGAGGGAGGCUGUAGAGGACAUGGGCUUUGAUGCUUACCUACCUGAGACCAACUCGCUGGUACCCGAUCCCAAACCCUCGAGUCCAGCGCCUGUGAAAGAAAAGGAGCUGGACAGCGACCCAGAGGGAGAAACCCUCAAAGUAGGCAAGGGGAGCAACCUUUCUAAAUGCUUCAUCCAGAUAGGAGGGAUGACCUGUGCUUCCUGUGUGGCAAACAUUGAGCGGAACCUCAAAAAUGAACCUGGUAUCUACUCAGUUCUGGUGGCACUGAUGGCCAGUAAGGCAGAGGUGCGUUACAGCCCUGAUGUUAUUGACCCAUUGAGGAUCGCUGAGUGUGUGAGAGAGCUGGGCUUCACUGCCUCAGUCAUGGAGAACUACGAGGGUUCAGACGGAAAUCUGGAACUAGUGGUCAGGGGAAUGACAUGUGCCUCUUGUGUUCACAAAAUCGAAUCCAGCCUUAUGAAAGAAAAGGGGAUAAUAUAUGCCUCUGUUGCCCUGGCAACCAACAAAGCCCACAUUAAAUAUGAAUCGGAAAUAAUAGGGCCAAGAGAUGUCAUCAAGCUGAUCGAGAGUCUGGGGUUUGAAGCAUCUCUGGUAAAGAGGGAUCGCACCGCCAGUCACCUGGACCACAGCAAGGAGAUAAGACAGUGGAGAAAGUCUUUCCUGGUGAGUUUGUUCUUCUGUGUGCCCGUGAUGGGAAUGAUGAUGUACAUGAUUAUCGUGGACCACCAGAUCAGCAUGUCACAUCACCACAACGCCACAGCUGAGGACCGCAAGCAGUACCACUCCACCAUGUUCCUGGAGAGACAGCUGCUCCCAGGCCUCUCCAUCAUGAACCUCCUCUCCUUCAUCUUUUGUGUGCCUGUGCAGUUUAUUGGAGGCCGCUACUUCUACAUCCAAGCCUACAAAGCACUCAAACACCGGUCAGCCAACAUGGAUGUCCUGAUAGUUCUGGCUACCUCCAUAGCCUUCACAUACUCAUUGAUCAUCCUCAUAGUGGCCAUGGUGGAGAAGGCAAAAGUCAACCCCAUUACAUUCUUUGACACACCACCCAUGCUCUUCGUCUUCAUCUCCCUGGGACGCUGGCUGGAACAGAUAGCCAAGAGCAAGACAUCUGAGGCUUUGUCCAAACUGAUGUCUCUACAAGCCACUGAGGCCACAGUGGUCAUUCUUAACAGUGACAAGUCUAUUCUCAGUGAGGAGCAGGUGGAUGUUGAGCUGGUGCAGAGGGGCGAUGUGGUGAAGGUUGUACCUGGAGGAAAGUUUCCAGUGGAUGGAAGGGUCAUUGAGGGUCACUCGAUGGCUGACGAGUCCCUCAUCACAGGUGAAGCCAUGCCAGUGACUAAGAAGCCUGGCAGUUCAGUGAUAGCUGGCUCCAUCAACCAGAAUGGCUCCCUGCUCAUCAGUGCUACACAUGUCGGUAUGGACACCACCCUGUCUCAGAUUGUCAAACUGGUUGAGGAGGCACAGACUUCAAAGGCUCCGAUCCAGCAGUAUGCAGAUAAAAUCAGUGGCUACUUUGUCCCCUUCAUUGUUGGCAUUUCUCUACUCACCCUAUUCGCCUGGAUCCUAAUUGGGUUUUUGGAUUUCCCUCUAGUUGAGAAAUACUUCCCUGGUUACGACAAGAGCAUUUCCAAGGCUGAGGCAGUGAUUCGCUUUGCUUUCCAAGCCUCCAUAACAGUGUUAUGCAUCGCCUGCCCCUGCUCCCUUGGCUUGGCAACCCCAACAGCUGUCAUGGUGGGCACGGGGGUGGGAGCUCAGAACGGCAUCCUGAUCAAGGGAGGAGAGCCACUUGAGAUGGCCCAUAAGGUUCAGUCAGUUGUGUUUGAUAAGACUGGCACCAUUACGUAUGGUGCUCCCAAGGUCAUCCAAGUCAAGAUUGUUGUGGAAGGGAACAAAAUGCCCCGGUCCCGACUGCUGGCCAUAGUUGGGACAGCUGAGAACAACAGCGAGCACCCGUUAGGGGCGGCAAUCACCAAAUACUGCAAACAGGAGCUCAACACGGAGUCUUUUGGAGCAUGUACAGACUUCCAGGCAGUGCCGGGCUGUGGUAUCCGAUGCCAGGUCAGCAACACAGAGGCCUUGUUGAGGCAGGGGGACAGCGACAGCGAGGACAACAACCAGCGCAAUGGUGUCCUAGUCCAGAUCAGCGACUCCCGAACAUCCACCGGCUCCCAUCCCCUCAUUAUGGACCCACAGCCACUUACCCUGGCCCAAACAGCCUCCUACCUUGUUCUGAUUGGGAACAGGGAGUGGAUGAGGAGGAAUGGCAUGCAGAUCAGACCUGACGUAGAUGAGGCCAUGACAGAGCAUGAACGCAGGGGACGCACCGCUGUCUUGGUAGCUGUGGACAGCUUGCUGUGUGCAAUGAUAGCCAUUGCCGACACAGUGAAGCCAGAGGCUGAGCUGGCUGUCCACACCCUGACCAACAUGGGUCUGGAAGUUGUGCUGAUGACCGGGGACAACAGCAAGACAGCAAGGGCCAUUGCUGCUCAGGUUGGCAUCAGGAAGGUGUUUGCUGAGGUGCUGCCCUCACACAAGGUGGCCAAGGUGGAACAGCUGCAGCAGGCAGGGAAGAGAGUGGCCAUGGUGGGUGACGGGGUCAAUGACUCGCCUGCUCUGGCCAUGGCUGACGUGGGCAUCGCCAUAGGAACGGGAACUGAUGUUGCUAUAGAGGCAGCAGAUGUGGUGUUGAUCAGGAAUGAUCUGCUGGAUGUUGUGGGCAGUAUCGACCUCUCCAAGAAAACGGUCAAGAGGAUCAGGAUUAACUUUGUCUUUGCACUCAUUUAUAACCUUGUUGGUAUUCCCAUUGCUGCUGGUGUAUUCCUUCCCAUUGGUCUGGUGCUGCAGCCAUGGAUGGGCUCUGCUGCCAUGGCAUUGUCCUCAGUCUCUGUGGUCAUGUCUUCUCUUCUGCUCAAAUGUUACACUAAGCCCAGUGCUGAGAAGCUGGAGGCCCAGCUGGGCAGCCACAGGCGGCAGGGCAGCCUAUCUGAUGUAAGUGUUCACAUCGGUAUGGGCGAGCUAAGACGGCCUUCCCCGAAACUCAGCCUGCUGGACCGAAUUGUCAACUACAGCCGUGCCUCAAUCAACUCCCUGCGCUCCGACAAGCACUCCCUCAACAGCUUGGCGCUCAGUGAGCCGGACAAGCACUCCCUGCUCGUGGGGGAGGCCCUGUGUGAGGAGGAGUUUGUCUGAGGCAAGGCUAGUGAAGCCUUGCUUGGGCCAGCAAAGGCUUUUGUAUGCUAAGAUUGACUAUCUUCAUGUAUGAAAAGCUAGGCCAAGCUACACUGUAAGGGUUACAGUGGAUAAUGGCCUUCAUCCAUUGUAGAUACCCUCAGGGUGGCACAGUUGACUUGAAAAAAGCCCAUAUGCUCCUUUUUUCUGUAGCUGGUCAAGCUGACUACAUGCACUUCAAAGGGUGCUGGGUGACUCCUCUCCCUCACUACCAGAGUGUUUUGUGAAGGUCAUGGAUGUCCUCAGGGGGACAGUAAAGUAGGAGACUGACUGACGCUCUUUGUUAAGGGGCAGGCAUCUUUAUUGAGUCUUGACGCAAGACAGUGUCCACAUCCAGGAAGCUGAGUGCUGUUCUCCAGGGCCCAUGUGGUCAUUUUCCCAGGACAAUCUUUAACAUCUAUCCAAAGACAGUUUCAAAAUGGUGCCCCAUGCAAGAGUGGACAUCUCAGAAUUGUAUUUUCCUUAUCGGGAAAAUUGUAAUACUACUUGUAUAUUAUAAUUCUAUGACAGAGUAUUUAUAUGACCCUUAUUUAUCACUGUUUUCAUUAUAUCCUUUGUGAAAAAUGAAGUAGUAUGAUUGAAUCCAAAUGCAAACUGUCAUUUUCAAGUUCCCAGAAUGUAGAAUCAAUGAGUAAGGCAAAUUGUUAAAAAACAAACUAACAAACGUAAUCACAAGAACUCAACUUGCUCACACACCCAGAGUGAGCUGUAAAUGUCAAUGUUUCCCAAGUGCCAAUGUUAAUGCCACUUUGGCAAAGUCCAAACACAUUCCAAAGAUUGCACCGUGCCGAACAGGUCACCUUGAACUGAAUGUGUCCAGAUUGUGAACAGCGAUAAGGCCAGUGAUUUCCAGAAUAAGACUGUUCUGACAUUGGACGAGUUUGUGUGGGAAGGCUGACGAUUAAAGAAGUAGUCUGUAGUCUUGUAGUGGGUCUUGUAGUGGUUUACAAGUCUCCUUAGCUGUGUGAGUGAAAGGCGUCUACAUGAUUGAUUUCUGAUCUGUUAACCCCAAUUCAUUCCCUGUGUUUUCUUCUGAUAAAAGUCCUGUUUCAGAUCUGUUAAUUCAUGUUAAAUAAGCACAUUUAGGACGCACUGUACUCUGCCAAUGAAUGUGAACAUUCUUCACUGUGAAUCAAACAGUGGUUGUUACAUGGUGGUAAGCCGGUGUCAUGGCUGCUUGAAUAGUCUGGGGUGUCUUGUUGCAGAGUUUAUGCUGUGAUGCAGUCUACCCUGACACGGCCAAAUAGUGAAUGUGUUCAUGUAUUCUUUGUCUUCAGAACACAAAAACUCAUGUUACUUUAUUUUUCCUGAGUGCUCUGCUGAUUUCUCUGGUUUAGAGGAGACAUGUAAUAGGAUCAGUAGACAAAACACAAAGCUGUGUCCUUGCAGCUCUACCAAACAGGAGUUACUGAGAAAUAACUUGAGUUUACUCAUUUACUGCUUGCAUAAAAGAUUUUAAAAAUGCUGUACACACCAUCAAAUCAUUUUAUAACUGCAUACAAUUAUGUUAAGUUUUUUGUACCAUUUUUGCUUGCCUGUCUCUUCUGAAAACAGUUACAGCAAUCUGUUUCUUGUUUUUGUGUGUUACAAAUCGCAUGGACUGUUGCUUUUCAGUUUCCUCACAUCUCACAUCCACACUUGUCAGUUAAAUGCUUCUUUCCAUAGUUUGGCACAUACACCGUGUCCCACUGCUUCCUCAUGUCUUGUUUACAUGUCCACCACAGCUUGCUGAGUGUUGAGUGCAUUAGACACCAAUCUGAUGUUUGUCCAUAUCUUUGUAAAGAAAUGCAUAGGGCUUUGGAUCUGUGUGCAGACAAAUCAAAACAAGGCAAUGUUUUAUCUUGUGUAGUUCUGAAAGUUAAUGUGCCUUGGAUUAAAGUGCUUUUGUAAUGUCA